AGCUGGUACUGUUAUCCCCACUUAGAAUGAUUCCGAAGAUAAUAAUCCUUCUAAUUAGCGGGCCACCACAGUUAUCUAUUUGUCGAAUUUCCUUUAUGAUGGUUUUCGUUUGAAUUCAAUUCUUUUAAAAAACUAUUUUGGUUUUGUCAGCGUAGUUUUUCCAUUUUUUUAGUUCUGCUAAAUAUUUGCAUAAAAUACAAAUGCAAUUUGUUAAUACUCCAAUUGAUCCUAGACACCAAAUGAUAUAGGAGUUGGCUAAUUUAAUUAUCAUCCUCUCCAGCUACUCAAGAGUCGUGACCCUUUAAAAACUUCCAUUACAUCAUUUCCCACCAAUAACUCCAUCACCCAAAAUUCUACUAGCAGUAAACUGUCUUCAAAUACAUAUAUACUCGAUCUAUAAAUGCAUUAUUGUUAUGGCCUCUUCUGAAUCUUCGUCCGCAUAUUCAUAUGCAGAGCCAAGCAACGAGAAUUCGUUAAACAAGCGGCGGCGUUGUUUCUGCUUCCCAUCUUUCAGUUCUACAAAUCAAUUAACAAGGCGUGUUAACUUGGACUGGUGGCAUAAGAUACGCAGCAGCGCAGUCAAGGAAGGGUCUGUAUGGGCCAAAGGAAUCAACGCUCUAAAGAAGCUUCGAGAAUGGUCGGAGAUCGUGGCCGGACCAAGAUGGAAGACUUUCAUUCGAAGGUUCAAUCGGAACAAAAGCGGGAGA